AUGACAUGUAAAGAGCCAAAUGAUUAUAAUUUAGCAAAAGCUAAGCACAUUCACACUGAGGAAGUAGCUAAAGCAAAAUGGAUAGCUAUGAAUAUUAUAUCCUACUUGGAUCCAACAGGAAAAGAAAGAAAAUGGGAAGGUGUUACAAGAACUACAAAAUCUAAAACAGAAGCUGAUGCUGUUGGUAUGAUAACACUAUUUAAAGAUCCAGUACAAAAUUGUGAUUGUGUUGUACUCAUUCGUCAGUAUAGGCCUGCUAUACAUUCAACCACUGUUGAAUUUCCUGCAGGAUUAAUUGAUGCUGGUGAAACAGCCGAGGUUGCUGCUAUCAGGGAAAUGAAAGAAGAGACAGGUUUAACAGUAACGGUGAAGCAUGUAUCACCAGCUACUGCCACAGAUGCUGGUGUGCUGGACACAACUAUGAAAAUGGUAACUUGUGAGGUGAACUUAAAUGAUCUCAAAGAGCACAAUUUGAAACCAAAUUCUGAUGAAUUUAUUGAGGUUUUAAUAGAACCACUACAUUCUUUAUUAAAACGGUUAGAUGAUUAUUCAAAUAAUGGCGACAUUGUUGAUUCAAGAGUGUAUUCAUGGGCUUUAGCUAGAGCAUACCUAUGAAAUAAUCCAAAUAUAGUAAGGAAUUAUUUGUUUUAAGUUACCAAGCAAACUAAUAUAGUGAACGUUAU